AUGGUAUCUACUUCUGGUGCUGUUGGCUGCGCAGUGGGCAUUCCAGCCGGCCUGGUGGCUAUAUUUGUGUGCGGUCUAAUUAUCAGUCAGCGUAUGAGACACGACAAAGAGGACAAGAUCCCAGAAGAGGUGCCCGAGGAGGAGUUCGGGCCGAGACAGGAAAAGGACGGCAGCGACUAUUUGGACUCCGUGCCCGUCCUGGAGGACGCCACGUACGUGAAACAGCUGCACGGCGAGUCGCGGUUUAGGGAGGAAACAAUAAGGGACGCAAAUCUGUCUGGGUCGAUGGUGUGA